UUUCCAAGUUUUUAUUUUCAUUAGUAAAGAGGUAAGUUCGAACUUCAAACUGGAAGCAAUCCAGCGAAAAAGCCAAAAGUACUAAGUCUCAUCAUCACUCACCAGUCGAUCAGGGUAAUUAUUGAAGUGAAGAGCCAAAAAUGGCAGAACUGAGCCUUGGUAUACUUAUAGAUAUUGUUGAUGAAGAAUGGAUGAGAGAUACUCUGCCUGAUGAUGAUCUUCCACUACCACCUGUAAUGGUUGCUCGAACUGAUGAUACUGAAGACUCAAAUCAGGAUACUCAACAAGUGGAUGGAAACACCUGGCAUGAUCUUGAAUUAAGUACUCAAUGAUGGUCAUGGAUGCUGGCAGGGCUUAGUAUCCUUGUAUCAAGACGUAGCUCCCAAAAGAUUUGAUGCUUUCUCUCUUAAUAUGUUGUAGAACUAUGAUGCCAAUUGGAUCAUGUAAGAAGGUUUGCGCAUUAAUUUGAUCAAAACUGUUGAGGGAUUUCUUGCUUUCAUCUUAUUCAAAUAGAGCAAAAGACAAGUUUAGUUUGUGAUUUUACACAACUAUAAUUUCUUAUGUAUUUUGUUGGUCACCUAAGGUUGUCUUAGCUGUUGAUUGUUUAGCCACAAGGCAUUGAUUUGAAGGGUAAUUUGAGUUUACAUAGCUGAGUUUCUGCAUUUGAGUAUUCAAGUUUUUAUGCUAUUG